AUGCUCAAGAUCGAGCGCCUCUGGCGGGAGGCCGGCGCCGAGCAGGCCGUCCUCGCCACGCUCGCCAGGCCCGCCGUCAUCAACGGCUUCGUCGAGAUCCACUUCAAUUCGGUCAGCGCCCAGGUGUUGCAGGUCAUCGUCUUCCUCCUCGCCGAGCUCGCCUCCCGGGACGACGCCGUCGUGCAGACGCUCACCAGGGUCGACUCCGACGUCGACUGCCUGGUGGCCCUCUUCAAGAAGGGCCUGGUGGAGGCCGUGGUGCUCAUCUGCCUCCUCGCGCCCACGCCGGAGCAGCUCGUCGAGAUGGACAUGGCGGAGGCGCUCGUGUCCACCAUCCGCCACGGCGACGAGGACCCGCUCAGGAUGUGCACCAACCCCAAGGCCGCGUCAGUGGCGAAGGAACCGAAGAACAAUACAUAUCAACAGCUGGAUUUUACCAUGAUGGCAGGCCCUGACUGCAAUGAGCAGGAAUUUUAUGAUAUACGUGAGACCUCUUCAGAUCAUCACCACUGGGGAUCUCCCCCCCGAAGUUGUUCGGAAAAAAAAAGAGAUAGCAUCACCAUCCUUCCUAUACAUGGUAUUGGAGGCAUUGGCAAGACAACAUUUGCAAAAAUGAUUUACAAUGACACAAAAUUCAAAUAUUACUCUCAAGUAUGGGUCUAUGUGUCCCCAAGAUUUGACUCAAAUAAAAUCGGUAACUCCAUAAUUUCACAGCUCACUGAAAAGGAGAGCCAACUAAAUGAGAAACAGUUGAUACGGACACGCCUCAAGAAGCUAUUAGCCGGGAAGAAGAUUUUGAUUGUUUUGGAUGACUUAUGGGAGGAUGAUUUAUAUAAAUUGUUUGAUUGGAAGACUAUGCUAAUGCUUGGUGAGACAGGCAACAUAAUAGUUAUAGUAACAACACGUGAUGAACACGUUGCUAAGGAAAUUGGAACCAUUGAGCCAUACAAGAUAGAACUCCUGACAAAGGAGUUGUGCUGGGAGAUAAUAAAACAAAAAACUGGUUUUGAAGCUAGAGAUGACAAAGAACAGAUGAAGGAUAUAGGAAUGGAGAUUGCCUCGAAGUGUGGAGGUGUACCUUUAGCUGCUCAAUCUCUUGGAUACACAUUGGGGUCCAAGGAUUUGAAUGAAUGGGAGAAAGUUAAUGAUAGCGAUGUUUGGAAUGAACCUACUUCAAGGAAUGGAUCUUUACAAAAUCAAGUGCCUGCAGCCUUGAGGUUAAGUUAUAGUGGUAUGGAUCACCUCCUAAGGUCAUGCUUUACCUACUGUGCAAUCUUUCCAAAAGGUCACAACAUAAUUAAAGAUGAUCUAAGUCACCAAUGGAUUUCACUGGGGUUCAUCAGGCCAAUGAAAGCACCCUUCAAGAAGCACCAGCUCAGUGAGAAGUACAUUGCCAAGCUCCUGGGAAUGUCUUUCCUUCAAACUUCAAUGUCACCGCCAACUUUGUCGCAGACUUCUGGAGCAUAUUAUGAAGGUAUUACAUUCUUUACCAUGCAUGAUCUGGUGCAUGACUUCGCGAGAUUAAUAUUGGACGAUAAAAUUUUGGAUGCUAGUAAAAAAGGCAGUACUCGGGGAGGCAGCUGCCGCCAUGCAUUGCUCACUGAUUGUAGCAAACCGUUGGGAUUAUUCUUGACUUGUCCUGACAGUCUAAGGGCACUGCGUUUUCUGGACUGCGGUAAUAUUGAAUUACGUGGCGAUACGUUCUCAUCUGCAACAUCCUUGUGCAUCUUGGAUUUAAGUGAAUGCCGCAUAAAUCAGUUGCCAGAUUCUAUUGGCCACUUACAGCAUCUGAAGUAUCUGAACGCACCAGGUAUUCGUGGUAAAUAUAUCCCGAACCAUAUUACGAGGCUCUUGAAAUUAAACUAUCUAAGCAUUAGUGGGUCUUCUGAAAUAUUAGCAUUGCUCGAGUCGAUUGGAGAAAUGGAGGAACUGGUUCAUCUUGAUUUGUCAGGUUGUUCAAAAAUAAGAAAACUGCCAGAACUGUUUGGCAAUCUUAAAAAUAUGGAACAUCUGGAUCUUUCAAAAUGCUCUGAUGUUACAGGAGUAUCAGAACAGCUGGGUAGCCUCAUGAAACUGGAAUAUUUGGACGUAUCAUACUGCAAAAAUGUUGGAAACUUACCAAGAGCGUUGAGCAGCCUCACAGAACUGCAAUAUUUGAAUUUAUCAUUCAGCUCAUACUUAAUGGGCAUCCAAGAUAGCCUCCUUGGGGACGAAGAAUCAUACAAGUAUCCAGCAGAAAAUAUUUCAAAUCCUGCAGGCGGAUCCGGGAUAGUUGGUAUUGUUGAGGCAGAGAUCUUGGGCACCCUGACCAAGGUCAAAUAUUUGAAGUUAUGUAUAGAUGGAUUUUCUACAUUAUUGCUUCCAAAGCUCCCUGAGGCUUUGGGAAGCUUUAAUGAACUAAAGUAUUUAGACUUAUCAGGUUCUUCUUCACUGUAUAAAUUGCCAUCAUCAUUUGGGAAGCUCCACAGUUUACUACAUAUUGAUUUGUCAGACUGCUAUCGUGUUGAAGGUGUACCGGAAGCCUUGACUGGCCUAAACAAGCUCAGAUAUUUGAAUAUAUCAAAUUGUUCCAUCGGUGUAAAUGAAGAACUGCCGAGUCUAAGAGGGCUACAAGAAGCAAUUGCCAAUCUCACUGAACUACGCUAUUUAAACGUAAAAAGUUGUCUUGAAACUAUAUGUGGUGACCAACGAGUAGACGAAAGCAACGCUUUCCUGGGUCACAUCAGUGCUCUUUCCUAUCUAGAGCACCUGACGCUGUCAAGAAAUGGGAAUCUUUACAGUUUACCCGAAACUUUUGGUAAGCUCAGAAAGCUGCAUAAGCUGGACCUCUCAUAUUGUUGUAACCUCAGGAAGCUGCCAGUAAGUAUAUCUGAAAUCGGCAGUCUGAGGUUUCUGAAUACGGAUGGUUGCCGCAGUUUUGAUGAGUCCACGUUACCUCAGUUCAGAAAUAGUUCUUUCUUAUUACCUCACUUUGUGGUCCUUGCCGAUGAUGGUGAAUCUAGCAGCAAUAUUAUUAAGCUCAAGGAUGAAAAUCCUCCUAUCUUGGAGAUAAGCAGGCUUGAAAGAGUCAAGUCUUCUGCAUAGGCACAGAGGAUAAAUUUGUCGGGAAAACAAAGUAUUGGAAAAAUAAAAUUUGUAUGGACAAAAGGUGCUGAGAGAUUUGUAGAGGACAUUGAAGUUUUGAAAGAACUGAUGCCACCAGCCUGCUUAGAAUACUUCGAGCUACAAGGUUACAAUGGCAUAAGGUUUCC